ACAAAUCUCUCCCACUUGAAAAAAUUGAAAUGACGGUUAUCAUAUAUAAAAAUAGAAGUAGCUUUGUUUUAAUUUACUAUAGUUGAUUGAACAGUGAAAACAUGAAGUUUCAAUUUAUUGUGUGGGUUUUAUAUGUUUCUUGUGUUUUUCAGGUUAAAAGUGAUUAUAUGAAAAAAGUGAAAAUAUUUGCAAAUUUAACAGCACGAAAAACACUCGAAUAUGAUCAGGAAUUUUUUGAUUCAUUAAUACUUAUGCUGAGUAAUAUGAGGGAUUUAACUGCAUAUUCUUUAUUUGAUACAUGGAAUUCAACUCACAUUUUGUUUAAUAAUGUAAGCGCAUUAGCUGAAAGUGACAUGGAAAAUGAAUGCAUUGCAGUUGAACAAAAAAAAUUGAGUGACAUUGUCGAUGGAGUAGCUGCUCCUCUUUUUAAUUGCGGUCGACAUGCUUUAGAAUUUGGAAAUCCAAUUCGUAAAAAAGUCCAGGAUAUGCAUCAGACGAGUAUGAAGAUUAUCAACGAUUUGCAAUUAAUUGAAGAUACAUGUUUAUUGGAAAAUAAUAAACGAAAGAAUGACUGUAAUCACAUUCGAGUUGAGGAGCUUGAAACUUUAUUGAAUGGUUUAUUACAGCAACUGAUUACUUUCGAGAUUGAAGGAGGAACUGUAAAGCUUACUACACUUAGUUAUACUUUAGAAUGCAAUGCAAAAGUUUUGUCUACUGUACAUAAUGAGAUAACGAAUAUGCAAAAAAGACUUAAGGAAUGCAUUAAAUAAAUUUGAAAAUUAUUCCUCAUGUCUUCAAAAGAAUAAAAUAAUGUUUUAAUUUGGAUUUUAUUUUAGUUAUUGUUAAAUUAAAAUUAAAAAAAAAUUUUAUUUUAAUUAAAAAAUUAAAUUUACCUCCAUCUCCAAAGAAUCGGCUUCCAUCGUGUCCUUAUUAAAAUUGAAUUCUUCCAUAAUUGAAAUAAAAUUUCCAGCGUGUACCAUUUUUUAUAACGAAAAUACAUUGGAAAUUAAAUUGUAA